AGUGUUCGGAUUAAAAUGAAUCAACAGCAGAUGGUCCAGCAGCUGAAUGCUUCCGGAGAUGUGCCUGGAAAGGGAUCGGGAUUAGCGGGGCCGCUGCUCCCUUGUGCAUGCCCUGAUCCCGGCUUCUCUGGGAUUUCCUAGCAGCCUUUGGAUUGGCGUGGCUGGAGCGUGCCGGGGCCUUUCUCUCACUCUCAUUCUGUGAGCUUGGAAGCAGCGCAGGGUGAGGGUCGGAGUGCCGCCUCCGGAGCCGGAAGGGGCGGCAGGGGUGGGCUGCCCGGCCUGGCGUGCUUCCCUGCCCAUCUGCCCACAGCCCCCCGACUGCUCUCCCCUUGCCGUGCAGGUGUGAAUGACAGAGGAGGUGCCUCCGGCUGCACUGACUGAGAUCUCCCUCCGCCUUCUGUGCCAGGAUGACAUAGACACCGUGAAGCAGCUCUGCGGCGACUGGUUCCCGAUUGAGUACCCCGACUCAUGGUAUCGGGACAUCACCUCCAACAAGAAGUUUUUUUCCCUGGCGGCCACUUACCGCGGCACCAUUGUGGGAAUGAUAGUAGCUGAGAUUAAGAGCCGAGCAAAGGUGCACAAGGAGGAUGGAGACAUUCUAGCAUCCGGUUUUCCCGUGGACACUCAGGUUGCUUACAUCUUAAGCCUCGGAGUGGUGAAGGAGUUCCGCAAGCACGGGAUAGGUUCUCUCUUGCUCGAAAGCCUGAAAGAUCACAUCUCGACGACCGCCCAGGACCACUGCAAGGCUAUCUACCUGCACGUCCUCACCACCAACAACACCGCAAUCCAUUUUUAUGAAAACAGAGACUUUAAGCAGCACCACUACCUGCCGUAUUAUUAUUCCAUACGAGGCAUCCUCAAAGAUGGCUUCACUUACGUGCUCUACAUCAAUGGCGGACACCCUCCGUGGACAAUUUUCGACUAUCUCCAGCACCUCGGCUCCACCCUGGCCAGUCUGAGCCCCUGCACCAUCCCGCAGCGGAUCUACCGCCAGGCCCAGAGCCUCCUCUGCAGCCUCUUGCCGUGGCCGGGCGUUUCCGCGAAGAGCGGCAUCGAGUACAGCCGGACCAUGUGACGCCAAGGCGUGCCCUUCCUGGCGCGGCUGCAAGCGCCGCAGCCCACAGUGCCGAAGCGGACAAUGCUCGGGACCCCCGAGCCCGGUGCCCCUGCGGACCAGUCGGCACCUGGCAGACGUCCUCUCCUCGCUGC